CGUGUGUGGAACUCGACUACGAUCGGUUGGUUUUUGGCCUGGUCCGCAGCUCAGUGCUCCUCGCUUCUUCUUGAUUAUUUUCGGGCCGUUUUCCAAUCGAAACGAACCAAAAUCGCACACAUAAAGACACACAUUAUAUAAACAGAAGAUCCACAACACCUUAAUGCACACGAACACACCUCUCGCACUAUAAAUAGCCCACGGAAAUUGGUAAAUAAAUAAAUCGGAGAGCGGCAAAGUAAAAGUUCUAGGAAGAAAAUCUAAUUGCGACUUUGCAAAAAUGAUGGUGAAAUAAGCGAAAAACAUUGAUUAUAAUGAGUGAAAAGCACUUAAUGUAACAACGCGCGUACUUAAACGAAUCCGUAACCACAAGAACAGUUAAUUGUCGAAAUCGAGCUGCAAAGCGAAAUGUUGGCGAGAUGUGUUUUGUUGGUCACCUGGCUGGCGGUCUUCUUUGCGACUGGAAAAAGUGAUGAUCAGUUGAUGAAGCUCCCCGCCUGCGCCGCCAAGCAGGGCGAGUGCGAUGAUAACGAGGGUCCCGUCUGCGGCACCGACGACCAAACCUAUCCCACCAGGUGUCUCCUGCUGCGGGCCCAGUGCGGCGGCCAUCAGGUGAGCCUGAAGUACGGCGGCCCCUGCAAUCCUUGCUUGGAGGCGGUGAAAUUCGCUCGUCGCCAGCAGAAACACGAUCCCGGAUACUUUGUGCCCAGGUGCAGGAAGGAUGGCAACUAUGCCGCGAUCCAGUGCUACGGGAACAACGGAUGUUGGUGCAGCGAUAGCCAGGGCAACCCCAUCGCGGAUGACGGCAGGCAGUUCCGGCGGAAAGGAAAGCUCCGCUGCAGGGCCAAUCGACGCGAUCGUCGCCGGCUGGCCUCCCAUCAGAUUGGCUACAGUCCGGACACCUCUGCCUCCAAGGGCAGUUCCGAGGCGGGAUCCACGGCCCAUCGGCCCUGCAGCAAGUCGGAUCGGAUGAUGUUCAACAGCAAUCUGAUGCGGAUGUUCCGCAACGAGGCUCAGAUCUUCUUCCGCCAGCCAUCGAUAUCCGACUCCCACAUCCUGGAGUGGAAGUUCUCCAAACUGGACACGAACGGCAACAAGUUGCUCGAUCGCCAGGAGGUCAGGGAGCUGAAGAAGGUCCUCAGGCGGAACGUAAAACCACGACGAUGUGGACGAACCUUUGGCAAAUACUGUGAUGUCACCAAGGAUGCCAACCUCAAUUGGCUGGAGUGGAGCAUCUGUUUCACCAAAGAGAUUCACAACCGUAGUGCGAUUGUUAAUCUUCUGGCGAGCAGUGUAGCCACCGCCCCACCACACUCCACCCACUAUAGCAUCCACAACACCAACUCCAAUGGCCACCACCGAGGUCCCACGAAUACCAACACCAUCGGUAGUGGCAGUCCUCACUUGUAUUCCGAGGAUGCGAGUGGCAGUGACGAGCACGAGGACAACUACGAGGACAGUGGCACGGGCUACGGCGGAGAGGAGGACGACUCUCAAGGAGCGGAUCUGCCCAGCUCACGAACCCAUAUUCCAUCAUUAUAUAGACAGAAUAAAAUGUAUGUCAACGCGCAAAUCUUUACAGUGUUGAACUCCAAGCCAGAGGCAACAAGCCAGGACAUUGAGAACGACUCCAGCUGCUGGACGGAUCAAACGGUCACCCUGGAAGAGCAGGGCCACGGCGGAAAGAACGUUCUGUUUGUGCCGCAAUGCCUGCAGGAUGGUCGGUAUCAGCCCAUCCAGUGCUACACCUCCACCACCUCCUCCACCACAACCUCGUACUGCUGGUGCGUCAACGAGGAUACGGGCAAGAGCAUCCCGGGCACAUCGGUGAAGAACAGGAGGCCGCAGUGCGACGAGAACGUGGCGGUGCGACCCAUGAAGGGAUGCACCGAGCCGCGCAAGACGCAGUUCCUUAAGGAGUUGAAGGCCUACCUCAACACCUCACUCCUGCCCAGCAGCACCACCAGUACCAACACCACCAUGUGGAAGACGGAAGAUGAGCGAAUCGCCACGCUGAGUUUUGUCUAUCUGGACAAGAACAAAAACAAGUCGUGGGAUCGCCGCGAGUGGAAAAACUUCCGUGAUUUGGUCACCAGUGCCAGCAAUCUGCGCAGAUGUGGCAAGAAGAUGCCGCGCUACUGCGACGCCAAUGGGGACAAGAAGAUCUCGCUGGCCGAGUGGCUCAACUGCCUGCAAGCAACUCCGCGGGAAAGUGCCACCACCGCCAAACCGGCGCAGUCAAAUGAGACGGCCAGUCCAAAGCUUCAGGGAGUUAACCCGGUGGAGCGAUAUCUGAAAGAUUAACUGGGAAGGGCGAUUCUCUAUUUGUGCUGCUGCUACUACUACUCAUUAGAUGUCGUUGUGCCAUGACACACACAAAACCACACGAAAACACACCCUACCACCCACCACCCACAAAAGGGUGGGUCGAUUUAUAAAUGUUGAAUAUAGACAUUUCCGCAAUUUAAAUUUUGUUCUAAAGAAACAUAAUUUCAACCUUGGAGAACUAAAAAAUACACUUAUACAAUAGAUUUUUGUUCAAUAUGUUUUAAAUUUUGUAAGACACUCAUCAAGUUUAUUUUACAAGAUUAUUUAGUAUCAAUUAUCUAUUCAAUAUACAAGAGGUAGAAGUAUAAUUCUAUAGCUUCCGAUCAAACUUAAGUCAAUUUUUAAUUAAGUCAUUCUAUGCAGAUAAAAUACUUUUCAUUACAAUUUCUUGUCAAAUCCUUUGAGUAUAGAUAGAAAGUUUUCUUUGGUUUUUAAAGAACUAAAAACUAUCAUUUUUAUAUACAAAAAAUCGAUCCACCCUGACCCUUACCUACACACAGACACAUUCCUAGCAUUAGAUUCUAUAAUUUACAAGUGUAUGCUACUAAUUCUUAAUUAGUGUUGUAAAUAUUAUCGGAUAUAAAUGUUUAAGCGUA